AACUGAUCCUAUGUAAAAAUAUAGACUUUUGGUUCUUCUGCUCUGAUUUUAUGCAUUCUAUUCAUCUUUACUUGCUCUACUAUUUGGCUUUCUGUUUUAUAACUUCUAUUUCAGGUUCCUAAACUUCCGGAUAUCGACCCACUGCUACAAAGCAAUGCCAAAAGUGCAUCUAAUGUGAUGGAUCGUCCACCUAUAAGUGAACUGGCUGGUUGAAAUGGGCUACAGAGUAAUAAACUCCACUUGAACUGUUCUUGAAAAAGUAAUGCAACCGCAAGCCAGACUGUGUUUUCAACUACAAUACAACCUCAGGAACCAAAAGGAAUUUCAUUUUCCUCGUUGAUGUCCACGUGAAAAGAGCUAGAAACAAUGUGAUUCAAGAAAUCACGUUCUUUUCCCAAACGUUUUGCACGCAAUUCUCACCAGAAAGUAGCGGAUUCUUUCAGGUACAAAACCCACCUCAAAUCCAGACACCAGAAUAUCAUACCAAACGAGUUUGAAGGUUGUGCAGUAACCCUCAAUAAAAGAAUCCCCCCUUUUAGCACCGGCUAAUAUUCAUUUAUUAUGCAUUAAAAUUGUAAAAAAGUAUAGUGUAGUAAUUAUGCGAAAAGUGAGUCCUAAUACAAAUAUACAAUGCCUUUUUUUACCGUUUAAAUGUAUAAUUAACGAGCCUUGAUUAACAAGUCUGAUCUUGCAUUCUAUUUUAAACCGUAUAGAUAUAUGUGUUAUGUGUAUAGGAAAUAUUGAAUGCGAAUUUCUUGAUCGGUCAAAAACCAAUAAAUAAAUAAUUGAUCGAAACGCGGCGGAAACAAACUUUAACACUCGCCGGAUUCUCAGAGCUCUGACCCAAAAACUUCCCCUUCCCCACUUCAUCGUCGUCAGAUCCGGAAAGUAACUGCCCCCCUUCUUCUUGGAGGUUCCAGAGCCCCGCCGGAAAACCCGUUUUUCUCGGAGGAUCCGGACAUGGAUUCUUCGGAGCCACGGCGCAAGCGCAAGCGCCUCCUCCGGCAGUCGACGGCGACGGCGAUUUCUCCGCUGCUCACAGUAAGGUCUUUCCUCUUGUGCCUAUGCUUCUUGCUCUUCGUCUACCUUCUCUCCUUCAAAAUCCCCAUCGCCCCCUCCUCUUUCCGCCCCGUACUGGUCGUCUCGAGCUUCUCUCUGCUCUCUUCUUCGUCUUCUAAUGGCGUCGAAUCGCUUCCGGGCGUCGAUCGGUUCUUGCUCCCGAGAAUCGAGGGUAGGGUUUUGUUCCCGGAUCACAUUCUAUUGCUGGUCAGGAAAAACGGGUUGCCGGUUCACGAGAAACUGGAGUGUGUGUAUCCCAGUAGAGAAAGUCAGAUUUCCGCCCAUGUAUUGUCCUCUGAUGAUUAUGAUCAAUCUAGGGUGAUUUUCAGAUGCCCUCUUCCGCCCGGGAAUAGUUCAGCCGCGGCGGCAGCGGCGGCAAGUUUGAGAAAAGUUGGGGGGAAACCUGUUGUGAAGGGGAGGAGAAAUCAGACGGCGGUGGUGGCUUCUUGGGAUAGUGUGGUGUACGCCGCCGCGCUGGAUGGGGACAGCGCGGUUGUGUUCGUGAAAGGGCUGAAUUUGAGGCGAGACAGAGAAUCCAGCCCGAGAUGGUUCAGUUGCCAUUUUUGGUUAGGGAAGAAGAUGAAGGAGGAGGAUCGCCGGAGGGUUGAGGUUCUGCAGACUAGGGCUGUAACUGCCGCUCAGGAGGUGGUUAGGUGCCAGUUACCGGCGAGCAUUAAGGAUUCUCCCGAGGAAGCGUUGGGCGGUAGAGUUACAGUCGGGACGAUGAUGACGGCCCCACGCGGCAGCCGCCGCGUAGAGGAAGGCCGCCGCUUCCUUUUCCCUUCCGUGGCCGAGGUAUCGAGGGUAGAAUCGGGAGGCGGCGGGAAGCAGCACGGGCUUUGUGCUUGUACGAUGGUGUGGAACCAAGCUCCGGCUUUGCGUGAAUGGAUCACUUACCAUGCGUGGCUAGGCGUCGAGCGGUGGUUCAUCUACGACAACAACAGCGACGACGCGAUCGAGGACGUGAUCUAUGACCCCGAGAUGCGAAACUUCAACGUGACGAGGCACGUUUGGCCGUGGAUCAAGACGCAAGAAGCCGGGUUCUCGCAUUGUGCCCUGAGGGCAAAAUCGGAAUGUGAUUGGGUCGCCUUCAUGGACGUCGACGAGUUCUUCUACCUGCCGUACUCCUCGCCGCAUUACCAAUUCCGUAAACCCGGCUAUGCUUCCGAAAACGCCCUCCGGGAUUUGGUGAGGAACGUCUCUUUGUCGUCGCCGGGAACGUUGGGAGAGAUCAGAACGGCGUGCCACAGUUACGGUCCGUCUGGGUUGGACAGGCCCCCUGCGCAGGGAGUCAUGGUGGGGUACACAUGUCGGGUGAAGAGCCCCGAGAGGCACAAGUCGAUCGUGCGGCCGGACGCGGUGGACCCCACGCUACUCAACGUGGUGCACCAUUUCCGACUCAAGAAGGGGUUCAGGUUCAUGGACACGCCUCAAGGCACGGCGGUGAUAAACCAUUACAAGUACCAGGUGUGGGAGGUUUUCAGGGCCAAGUUCUUCAGGAGGGUGGCGACUUACGUGGCCGACUGGACGGAGAAUCAAAACGAGGGGUCAAGGGAUAGAGCGCCGGGUUUAGGGACAGAGGCCAUCGAGCCACCCAAUUGGCGUUUACAGUUCUGUGAGGUAUGGGAUACUGGGCUUAGGGACUUUGUUUUGGCUAACUUUGCAGAUUCUUCAACUGGUUUUCUGCCCUGGGAAACAUCUCCUCAAUAUGAACAAUGAAUCCCAGCCAAUGAACUAUCAUUCUUUCACCAUUUUUCAUCAAACUCUUCUUUUUUUCCUAAUACAUAACUGUAGUGCAG